AGUGGCUAUACUUCAGUAAGAAGCGGCGAGAGGAGGUGCGUGAAUCAAUCAAGUUACUCUAUAGGUAAAGCCUGUUGCUGCUACCGCAUUUCACGAGCUCGCGAAACGUGCUACAUUAAAUAGACGCGCAUUAAGUAUCUAAUACUCCACUACUACUUAAUUACAAGCCUCAGUGAUGUGCUGUGGAUACAUCGCGGGAUUAUGGAUAGGCUGGUCAAUUGGACUCGCGAUAUAAACACAACAACUCCGGUAUUUGUCCCCGGACAAAAUUGUGUGUCAACAAACCUGUCGAAUCUGGACAAAUUGUUGAUCACCGCGCCGUCAUGGAGCGGAAUACAACAAGACAUAGGAUGGAUGUUCCUGGUUCACAUAUAUGGCUACGCAUGUCUAUUUUUCGUACUUGCUUUUUAUACAUUAUUCUCCAUUCUAAAUUUAAGAUCCCUCUUAUCAAGUCGACCGUUUAUGACCACGAUUAACAUAUUUUUAUGUGUACUCGGAGCGUCGAGGAGCAUCUCUUUGUUUUUAGAUCCCUACAAUCUCAAGGAGACGAUGCCUAAGGUUAUUGUAGCAAUUAUAUGGGACAUUGGAUAUCCGUGCAUCACUUCCGCCUUUUGCCUGAUACAGUUGGCGUUUUUGCAAUUGACAAAGCUGAAAUUUGGUCCGGAGAAAAUACAGAAAGAAUCCUGCCUUAAUAUCGUUAUAAUAGCGCAUCUCUUCUUGGUAAUCACCAGCAAUAUCUUUGUGUCCUCCCACAAUUGUUAUCUAGUAAAAUAUGUGAUCCAAGUCAUAUUUCUUCUGUGGAGCGGUUUUUUGUAUUUUGCAUUUCUACACGCGGCUUAUAAAGUCGAUCAUUUGCUUCGAACUAUGCCGAGCAACAUGCUGACACGUGACAAUCCCAAUACACAUCAGAAAGGCAUCAUGCAACUCGCUAUGUUGGCGCCCUAUAGCAAUCUAGCGACUUCGGUCGCCGCCACGUUGGUCCCUACUUUGCUGGGCGCUAAAUUGAGAAGUAGUGUCGAGGAAAAUGAGCCCGCGAACGCAAGUAAAAGCACAAUGGAAACACUCACGGAGGAAAGUGAUUCGAUUUCAGAAUCACGAGUCACGACCAUUUCUAAGACGAACAAAGUGGAGGAACCAGCGCGAAAGGACUCGACGCACAUAGUCGUGCAGUUGCCAUUGCAGGAACAAACUUCGGUACCGGAAGUCUACGUGAGGCCGCCCACUCCCACACCAACUCCCGCUAAUCUACCGAUCAUCACCGUAUCUAGUCCUAGUCGCAGAAACUCCAUGGCCAGUCGACGAGGCAGCGACACGUCCACCAAGUCCUCUCGCAGAAAUUCAGAAUGCAGCGUUCGACUUAUAAACGAAGAAGACACAUUCGCCACGACGACGGAAUGCAAACGUAUAACGGAGGGCAGUCCCAGACACUCACCUAGGAUGCGAGAUUCUAUCGAGAGAAAUCGUUCACCCGACGGCAUUUCCCGACGUUAUUCGGAGAACAUUACCCCAGCAACUAGCGCCAGAGAAUUGAGACGAUGCUCCGAUUUUACUCACGAGAAGAAUCGCGGUUCGCAAUUCGCGACUAAGUUAAGAAGAAACAGCGACUUCGGUAAUAGAACACCUAGAAGAAUGUUGCCACCCGAUGAAUAUCCCCGAUUGCCAAAAGUUUUGGACGUUAGUCCCGCAGGUUCAAGACGCAAUUCCGACAUCGGAACUUUCAUAUCAUCCAAACCGAAUUCGCGUAGAAACUCGGAAAGCACCUGUCGACGUAACUCCGAGUUUCAUAUCAAACCGUUGGUUAUAAACCGUCGGAGCAGCGAUAUCAGCAUCAGAACUCUAGACAGAAGUCCCACACACUUUCAGAGCAUUAUAGCGUCUGCGAAAACGGAAAUACCAGAGAAAUCCGAAUCGGACUCGGAGCAACCCGAUUGCAGCGAGAAAGCGGCGUUGAUGAAUGUCGAAAAGUCGAAGGGUAAAGACGAAGAGACGAAAGUGCGGAAGAAGAAUUUGUCGUGGAACGACAAGACUAUCGAAGAUCCGGAGAACAUAACGGCUGAGACCAACUUGCUCCCCGAAAACACGACUAGUGAGAACACAGAUUAUACUCUUCACUCGAUAUUGAAUCACAUUGCGUAUGUGAAUCGAGCAAAACCCGACACGCCGCUGCAUAUUCCGACGGAAACAGAUACCGCAGCUGCGAGAAAGUCUCAAGUGCAAAAAGUGUUGAACGUAACACGCGCCACCGCGAUUCUAGGAAUUCUUCUGUGUUUCACUGAUGCCUUUCGCAUUUUUGGACCAUACGGACUAUUCGCUGAAACUGUGCCGUUUGGUACAGAACCGACAGUGUCGCAAUUUCCUAAGGCGUGGCCGUGGGUAGUGUACCAAACAAUAUCCAGAGGAUUUGAGCUCGCGAUGGGCUACGCUAUGGCGAGUAUAACUAAACAACCAUCAGUAAGUCCGCGACAUCAGUAUCUAAGUAGUUAUCCUAAUUAUUCGCCGCACGUGAAACGGGGAAGCAAUCUUUACAUAUAAAAGCAAUAGGUCCCAUUUAAUCUUAAUCUUUCCGAAAAUUUUAAGAUGCCAAAUGUAUAAUAAAUUUUUCUUUUCAUUCAUUUUUUUUUAUUAGAUUUUACUACCGUUUAUUUAU